UGCAACUACAAACCACAUAUGUUUCUCUCAAACAACAGUAGGAUUAGUAGUACUAGCAGUAGUAGGAACAACAUUAGUUGUGGUUAUAGCUGUUGUUGUUAUAACAAUGAUCAUCAACAUCAACCUUUGUUUGAUAGACCACUUUAUGUAUGCCCUAACAAUAAUAACCACAUCAACAACAAUUUCAGACAAUCUCACCACCAUCAACCUCCUCCCCCUUCAGCUUCUUCACCUCCUAAGCAGUCUCAGUCUCUAACUUUCUAUCCUUUCUCUCCCACUUAUUUUGAUCAAAAUAGUGAAGAAAACGACAUUGAAAUCUUAGAGCAGCCAUACCACCAUCAAGAGAUUCAUUUCAAUCAUCACCACUUGAACCCUCAACAGCAACAAGAACAGCCCUUGUUAUUUUCUUCUUCUACAACUACUGCUGCUGCUAACCUUCACACUACUACAGCAACAUUACUUGAAGGUGGUCCUAACAGCACAUUGGGUGUUGCAAACAAAGAUAACAUCACCAACAUGAUCAACAAAGAUAAUGUUGACUGGGGUGGAAGCGGAGAUUUUAACAAGAUGAACAAGAAAUGUUCUACUAAUUUGAAGAUGAGUGAGAAAAAACUAGUCAGCACUACUUGGAAUAAUAGUAAGAUGUGUUCGAAAUCAAAGAAAGAUCGUCACAGCAAGAUUGUCACUGCUCAAGGACCGAGGGAUCGGCGAAUGAGAUUGUCCCUCAAAGUUGCUCGUCCUUUCUUUGCCAUCCAAGACAUGCUUGGAUUUGAUAAAGCUAGCAAAACAGUCGAAUGGCUUUUGACAAACUGCAAGGAAGAGAUCAAUGAGCUUAAAAGAAGUCUAAGAAUUUCUGAUGAGGAUGAUACUGUGAUGACGGCUGCUAUCAAUAAGCGCAGUAGUUGUAGUAGGGGUGGUAAGAAUGUAUCAUCUGCAUCAGACUGUGAAGUAGUAUCUGAGAUUGAUGUCUCCAACAAUUCAUCAAGUAACAACCUUAGGAAAGAGAAAAGGGUUCGACCAUUGCGGAAGCCUACUUUCCACCAUCCACAAGCAAAAGAGUCCAGAGCAAAGGCAAGAGCUAGAGCAAGGGAAAGAACUAUGGGAAAGAUUUGGAGUAAAUCUGUGAUGCCCGCAUCCACAAGCAAUAACAAUUACUUGUACAACCAUAAUAGUCUGACGAUGAACCAAUUGGCGACAUCUACGAGUCCGUUUGAGUUCGAGACUGGUGACGAAUCGGGCUCUCAGAGCCAGGAUAUGAAGUGUUCACUGGAUGUGGUAGCUGAAGCUGAAGAACCCAUUUCUCACUCUCCCUCGCUGGAGGAAUCUAUUGUGAUCACUGGCAACUCUAGCUCGCCUGCUCAGAUUUACAACUAUCAUCACCAUGAGCUGGUUAAAACAUCAAAUACCCUAAACCUCAACAAUAAUUACAGCUUUUGGGACAUCGAUAACACAAACGAGAUUUCUAGCUUUUGUGCUACGUCUGCAAACAUUCAUCUCCCGACAGCAGCUUUUAAUAACUUCGACAAGCCGUGGACCUACAACAAUGAAAGUUCAUGAAGAUAAGAGGCUCAUGCAUGAUGAUAUAUAAUGUUGCUUGAAGCCCUUAACAAUGUCAGUCCAUCUCAGGUUUAUCUGCGCAAUAAGAGUGUAAGUUGUGUUCCUAUUUGAUUCAGUCAUGUAAAUCUCCCUAAGUAUUCGAUUGUAUGUGUUUUUAAUUGUUCCAAACUUGUUAGUUGUGAUAUAUGUUGUAAUGCAUAUCCUCAUUAAUGAUACAAAUAUU